AUGCAUAACGAUUCGUCGUACCAGUUCGGUUUCGACGUGAAGGACGACCUCUACACGAACUAUCAGAACCGCAAGGAGCAAAGGGAAGGCGGCAAGAUAUCCGGAAGUUAUUCAGUCGUGGAUUCGGAUGGUUACAUCAGGACCGUAACUUACACGGCCGACCCAAAGGACGGUUUCAAAGCUGAGGUCGUCAGAGAGCCAACCGAUAUCGUCGUUAAAGUUCCGAAACCAAGGGUACAAGAAGCUCAGCAACCCCAGCAGCAUUACAUUCAAGAUGUUCCGGUGCAACGAUACCAGCCACAGCAGCAGCCGAUCUUGCAGCAGCAACAGCAGCAACAUAUCCUGCAGCAGCAACAACAUCUCCAACAGCAGCCGCAACAGCAGCAACAGCAACCGAAGAUAGUCUAUCAAUAUCAAUAA